AUGGGCCGCCGCCCAGCUCGCUGUUACCGGUAUUGUAAGAACAAGCCUUACCCAAAGUCUCCUUUCUGCCGAGGUGUCCCAGAUGCCAAGAUUCGCAUCUUUGACCUGGGUCGGAAAAAGGCCAAAGUGGAUGAGUUCCCACUCUGUGGUCACAUGGUGUCCCAUGAGUAUGAGCAGCUGUCCUCCGAAGCCCUGGAGGCCGCCCGCAUUUGUGCCAACAAGUACAUGGUGAAAAGUUGUGGCAAAGAUGGCUUUCACAUUCGAGUACGCCUCCAUCCUUUCCAUGUCAUCCGCAUCAACAAGAUGUUGUCCUGUGCUGGGGCUGACAGGCUCCAGACAGGUAUGAGAGGUGCCUUUGGAAAACCUCAAGGGACUGUUGCCAGGGUCCAUAUUGGCCAAGUCAUCAUGUCCAUCCGCACCAAGCUUCAGAACAAGGAGCACGUGAUUGAAGCCUUACGCAGGGCAAAAUUCAAGUUCCCCGGUCGCCAGAAGAUCCAUAUCUCCAAGAAGUGGGGCUUUACCAAGUUUGAUGCUCACGAAUUUGAAGACAAAGUGGCCAAGAAGCGCCUCAUUCCUAAUGGCUGUGGAGUCAAAUACAUCCCCAAUCGUGGCCCUUUGGACAAGUGGCGGGCCUUGCACUCCUGA